UUGUUUUCGCAGAGGGACAAGGGGCCAUUGAAAGGAGACUCCACUUUUGACUUCUUCUCGGCUCAGCACUCAAUAAUUUCUUCUUCUCACCACAAAAAUAUAGCCAUUUUUGAAACUGCUAAAACUUUUUUCAUUGAAAAAAAGUUGACAACCUCUUUGCUUUGCUUCUGAUCCGUUGGUUUUUUGUUUUCCUUCUGUAAUAAAAAACAAUGCCUAUAGCAGAGAUCUUUCUCUCUGCCUUCGUCAAAUUGCUGUUUGAGAAGAUGACCUCUUUUGCCUCCUCCAAAUUACCCACCUUUGAAGGUAUUGGUGCCCAGCUCACCAAUUGGACCAAUAUGCUGUCUCAAAUUGAAGCUCUUUUGAUUGACGCGGAGGAGAAGCAAAUGACAGAUCGAGCCGUGAACUUGUGGCUCGAUGAUCUCCAAGAUCUGGCAUAUGAUUUGGAUGAUGUCGUGGAUGAGUUCGCCACCGAAGCUUUGCGACAGAGUCUCAAGGCAAAGCUGCCCCAAGCUAGUUCCAGCAAGGUAUGGAAUCCCAUCCCUAAUUUCAAGCCAGGACAUGUUAUGUUUAAUUUCAAAAUGAGGUCCAAGAUUGAGGAGAUCACUACCAGAUUACGCACUAGUUUUGAACAAUGUUCGAAACUUAAUUUGGUUAAGAUUGUUGGAACCACCACACCUACUAAGACUUGGCAAAGACCAGAGUCUACGUCGUUAUUAAAAGAACCUCGCGUUUAUGGAAGAGAAAAGGAUCAAAGAAAGAUAAUUGAGUUGCUCGUAGGUGGGGGUGAAUCAAGUCGUAACAAAGUUGACGUAAUUCCCAUUGUGGGUAUGGGUGGGAUCGGCAAGACCACCCUAGCUCAGAUGGUAUACAACGAUGAAACCGUGAAGAAGCAUUUCGAUCUGAAAGCCUGGGUUUGUGUGUCAGAUGAGUUUGACAUUAUGAAAAUAACAAAAGCAAUUUAUGAUUCAGUCACUUCCCAGACAUGUAGUUUUAAUAACUUGGAUCAAGCUCAAGUUCAACUAAAGCAGGCUUUGGCCGGAAAGAAGUUCUUAAUUGUUUUAGAUGAUGUCUGGAACAAAAAAUACAAUGACUGGAAUGAUCUGAGCAGCCCUUUCAAUGAUGGAGCUCAAGGGAGUAAAGUCGUGGUGACUACACGCAGCAGAGACGUUGCAAGAAUGAUGGCAACUGUUGAACUUCAUGACAUUGAGAUCCUAUCAGAUGAAGAUUGUUGGUCAUUGUUUGCACAACAUGCCUUUGAGAAUAGAAGUAUUGAUGCAAAUCCAAAUUUGGUAUCAAUAGGUAAGAAAAUUGUGGAGAAAUGCAAAGGUUUGCCUUUGGCUGCUAAGACACUUAGUGGCCUUUUACGUUGCAAAGAACGAGAUGAGGAAUGGGUAGAUGUAUUGUGUAGUAAAAUAUGGGAUUUAUCACACGAAGAAAGUGACAUCCUUCCAGCUUUGAGAUUAAGUUACCAUCAUCUCCCUUCACAUUUGAAGCAGUGUUUUGCACACUGCUCAAUAAUACCCAACGACUAUGAAUUCGAGGAAGAGGAGAUAGUCUUGUUGUGGAUGGCAGAGGGUUUCAUUCUGCAAAAAAGAGAGAAACAAAUGGAAGAUGUAGGAGGUGAGUACUUUCGGGAAUUGUUGUCAAGGUCUUUUUUCCAACCAUCAAGUACCGGUAAAAGCUCUAAAUUUGUGAUGCAUGACCUCAUCAAUGAUUUGGCUCAAGUAGUUGCAAGAGAAACUUGUUUUAGAUUGGAGGAUAUAUUGAAAUAUCCGAAGCAGUGCAAGAAUAUAAAGAAAGCUCGACAUUCAUCUUAUAUGCAGGAGCAAUAUGAGGGUAUGAAAAAAUUUGAGAUCUUUGACAAAGCCAUAUAUUUACGGACCUUCUUACCAUUUAAUGCACUAUAUAUUUGGAAAUGUCAUUUGGCAAGCAAUGUUUCCCUUAAUCUAUUGCCGAAGCUAAGACGCUUGAGGGUGCUCAAUAUGAGUAGCUAUUACAUCACAGAAGUUCCAAAUUCAGUUGGAGAUUUGAAACAUCUGCGGUAUCUUAACCUAUCCAACACCAACGUUGAAGAAUUACCUGAAUCAUUAGGCUCUCUUUACAAUCUACAAACAUUGAUGUUAAGAGAAUGUGCAAAACUGAAAAAGUUGCCAACAGACUUGGGAAGCCUAAUUGACCUACGUCAUCUCGAUACUACAAAUGCACGUUCCUUAAAAGAAAUGCCACUGGGAAUAGGUAAGUUGGUUAGUCUUCAAACACUGUCCAAUUUCGUUGUUACUAAAAACAAUGGGCAUCAGUUAAGAGAGUUGGGGAACUUAAUUUAUCUUCGGGGGAAGCUUUGUCUAUCUGGGUUACAGAACGUGGUGGUUCCAUUAGUUGCAAGGGAGGCGAAUUUGAAUGAUAAGAAUGCGUUAGAUGUGUUAUCAUUGGAAUGGAAUGUUAACUCAGAUGAUUCACGAGAUGGAAGAGUUGAAACAGAAGUGUUUGACAUGCUACAACCUCACAAGAAUUUAAAAGAGCUCCAUAUCAAAGGCUACCUCGGUACAGGAUUUCCGACUUGGAUAGGAGAUCCUCUAUUCUCCAAUAUGGCUGACAUAAGUUUAGAUAAUUGUGGAAAUUGUGCAUCCUUGCCACCACUCGGACAACUACCCUCCCUUAAAAAGCUUUACAUUACAGGUAUGAGUUCAUUAAAGCAUGUUGGUUGUGAGUUCUACGGGCAAGGUGGUGUUCAACCUUUUUCAUUACUGGAGACUCUAAGCUUUGGGAAUAUGCCAGAAUGGGAGGAUUGGUAUACUUUUGGAGAUCACAAAGAAGUUCAACCAUUCACUCGUGUCAAUUCUCUCUCCAUAAUAAAAUGUCCCAAACUUCUUAAAAUGUUGCCUACUGAUCUACCUUGUUUGAAUAAUCUAGAGAUUAGGGACUGCCCCAAACUUUGCGGAAUGAUGCCCAAGGAUCUAACUUGUUUGACUAAUCUACAAAUUUCAAAGUGCCCGGAAUUCUUAGUUGAAGGUUCCAGCAUUAGCCUCCUGUCACUCACCUCGAUAGCUAUGAAAGAUGUUCCUCUAACAAGCCUUCAAGCGGUCCUUGAGAUGAGGAGUAUGGUUGAUUGUGAAGUGAUAUCGGCAAAUGCAAAGUCUAAGCAUUCGAGUUCAAUAACUUCCUUGAGGAUUGGGAUGAUUAAGAAACUCGAGCUCUUGCCGAAAUGGGUCACUCAUGGGCUGAUGGAACUCGAAGCAUUGGAGAUCACAAGCUGUGAAGACCUCAAGACACUGUGGAAGAAUGAGGAGAGAGUGCAACACAGUUUCCCUGCAUUCCGACGUUUGGAAAUUGAAGGCUGCCCCCAGCUUGUUUCAUUGUUUGAAGAAGAUGAGGAUGAAGACAACAAAGGGCAACAUGAGCAGCAGCAGCAGCAACAAGAGGGACUCCCCUGCAUAGUGAGGAGGCUUGAGCAUCUAACAAUAGAUAAUUGUACAAAGCUGGAGAAACUGCCACGGCUGCUACAUAGCUUCACUUUUCUUGGAGAGUUGUAUGUCUAUAAGUGUCCGAGUCUCAGCUCUUUUCCGGAGACAGGUUUUCCGUGCACGCUGAAAACACUCGAGGUACGUGAUUGUGAGACUCUGCAAUCCUUAUUCGGGUGUUUAACACAGAUUAAUGACAGUAAUCUUCAAGUGUUAGAUGUUCGUGAUUGUCCAUCCCUCACAAGCUUGAUAUCGUGUAGAGGUGGGGGGCUACCACCCACACUCAAAGAGCUUGGGAUUUGGAGCUGUAAAAAGUUGGAGGCACUGCUAGUAGUAGAGGAGGCGAUGGAAAUUACCUGUCCAUCUCUUGAGUCUGUUUGGAUCAUUAAUUGUGAUAGGCUCAAAUACUUGCCAGAUGCCCUUCCUAAUAAUAAUAAUAAUCUCAGGAAUCUCAGUUAAUUGUACUUGUAUGGGUGUAAGAAUUUGGAGUACAUUCCGGAAGGAUGGUUCCACUCCGCAACAAAUCUGGCACAAUUGGAGAUCAGGGGAUGCAAAAAACUCAAGGCCCUACCACACGGAUUGCAGAGCAUCAACUACCUCACUUCUCUUCAAUCACUGUGUAUGAAUAUUUCACAAUGGAACAACAACUUCAAGAAGAUUGGUUUGCACAGUUUAUCCUCUCUUAGAUCACUGUAUAUUGUGGCAGAGGAUGAAGAAGAAGAAGAAGAAGAAGGUGUAGCGGGGUCCAGCUUUCCGAUAGAUGGGAAGUUGCUGCCCACCUCUCUGCUCAAUCUUCGGAUCGGGAAUUUCCGAAAUCUGGAGAAGCUGUCUUCAAAGUUGUUUCAAAACCUCGCCUCUCUUGAAGAACUUUCUAUCUUUGCUUGCCCUAGGCUCAAAUCUUUACCAGUGCAAAGGCUGCCUCCCUCACUUAAGAGAUUGUGGAUCCGUGGAAGUCGGAAACUAACAAGGAAGUGUGAAAAGGGGAAAGGCAAGUAUUGGCCCCACUUAGCUCACAUACCUGAUGUCUACGUUUUUGAUGAGUGAUGAGCUCUGUUGUGGAGAUUCCCACCGCAGUUUUACAAGCACUCAAAUUGCCAGAAAUGUGCUUUCAAGGAUUUGAAUACAAACAAAAGCUUCUUCUGAUAGAUUUCCUCGUCUGCUUUUAUUUCCGAGGCAACCACAACAAAUGGAAGUGUUCUCAUUUCUUUCCAACUUGGUGCAUUUGUCCCUAGAUAUCCUGUCCAUCCAGUGAUUGUUCGCUAUCCCCAUGUACACUUUGACCAAUUCUGGGGAAAUAUAGCUUUGGGAAAGCUUAUGUUUAGAAUGUUCAUAGUUUCACAAUUUCAUGGAGGACAACGUAUCUCUAGUUUGGUCUUGGAUUGUUGCUUAGUCUUGAUUGGUUACUAUAACUGUACAAACAUCUCAUUCCUAUGGGGACAUCAUGCUGUUUGCAAAAGCUUCCGAGUCCAAACAGGUUGAUAUGAUUGUCCUGACUGAUGGUAGUCGCAUUCUUGGUCUGGGUGAUCUUGGGGUCCAGGGAACUGGAAUACCCAUUGGAAAACUUGAUAUGUAUGUCGCUGCUGCUGGAAUCAAUCCACAGAGAACUGUAAUAGGCCUUGAAUUCUGCAAUAUUGGAUGCCUCUAUCUCUCUCUUUCUCUUCACACAUGCAGAGAGGAGAGAUUUGGGACUUCGGCAACCUUGGUUGGAAGGAGAGGAGUAUCUAUCAAUUGUUGAUGAAUUUAUGGAGGCAAUUCACACCUGAUGGCCCAAGGCUAUUGUGCAGUUUGAGGAUUUUCAAAUGAAGUGGGCUUUUGAAAGACUGCAAUGGUAUCAAAAAAGGUUUUGCAUGUUCAAUAAUGACAUACAGGGAACUGCUAGUGUUGCACUGGCAGGACUACUUGGAACUGUAAGGGCACAAGAUCUACCAUUGACUGACUUUGUGAACCAAAAGAUAGUUGUAGUUGGAGCUGGAAGGUUCUGAUGAAGUUCAAUUUGCAGGGCUUGGUGUUUUUAACAUGGCUGCACAAGGCUGUUUCAAGAAUGGCAGGAGCUGGAGCAAAUCCUGUGUCUUUCCUACUUGAUAAAGAUGGUCUCAUUACAACAGAACGGAAGGGUGUUGAUCCAGCAGCUGCACUAUUUGCUAAAGCCCCUUGGGAGAUCGAGGGUUUGGGACUUAGGGAGCGAGCAAAUCUCGUUAAAGUGGUAAAUCUUACUGGAGUGUUUUUUGGCAGCCUAUGUUGAUGCAAGGCUGAUAUAGAUUGAUAUUGUGUGGAAAAGAAACCUUCGGUUGUUUAGCUUGCUUCUUGGGGAAUGGAUUUUGUUUAGGUUAAAAAAGUCAAGCCUUAUAUACUUCUUGGUUUGUCUGGAGUUGGUGGUGUCUUAAAUGAGCAGGAUAAAGGAGCAUACCUCAUCAAGAUGUCAUUUGCUGUCAUCACUAUUAGUUAAAUCCACUUGGCUCAACUCAACAAAGACCUAAUUUCAACCUCUUGGAAUUGACUACAUGAAUAUUUUCCCAAAAUGCUCUCUAUAGAACAAUACCUCAGUUAAAUCCAUGGCAAUUACAUUCUUUGUUACUGUAUCAACCCUCGUUCUUUUUUAAUUAUCUUCUUGUGUUUAACGACACUUUGUUUACUCUACUUUUGUGGGUGUUUUUUCCUCAAUUUACUAAUCCUUUCAUGCACAAUUUUGUCUUUUUUUAUAAUUAAAUUACCAUUGCUGUAUAGGUAGAUCUCGUUCUGAAAUACCUAUUACUUGAUAAGUAACUAUGGCUGGCUAUGUUUGAAAAACCAUUCUCCACUUAGUGUCUAGUUGCAAGGCACUAAGCACAACAAUGGCAAAGUGUAUCCUCUUUUUGAGAUUGGUAAAGCGUAUGUCUUCUUUGAUAAAUCAGGUGCUUAAGGCCAUGCGAGAGUCAUAUUCCCCUAAACCUGCCAUUUUUGCGAUGUCAAAUCUGACGGUGAAUGGAUUGGAAUGGGAAGCUCUUCUCUUAGGUGCUCGUUUGAUUUCAAAUGGAAUGUUGCAAGCAGCUUCUGAAUGCCUUGCUUCAUCUAUUACAGACGAAGAAAUUCAAAGCGGUAUUUUGUAUCCUCCUACGAGAAGUAUUUGAGAUAUAACAGCAGAGGUUAGAGCUGCUGUUGUUCGAGCAGCAGUUGCCGAAGAACUAGCUAGAGGGCGCUGUGAUGUGGGACUUAGAGAGCUCAGGCAGAUGUCAAAAGAGGUGACAGUGGAAUAUGUCAAACCCAACAUGUGGUAUCCAGUUUACAGACCCCUCUUAUUCAUGAGAAAUGAAGUUCCGAUCAUCUCUGUGUGUGUGCGCGCGCGCGCGCAGGCGCGCGAUAUUUUUCUGCAGACAAUAUCCCAAUGUUCUGCAGUCAUUCAAAUAUUCAUGAUGUAACUGUGGUUUUAAAGCCUAGAGUAGUAAUAUGGGUGAAAAAACAGAACUGGGGAGACCAGGGUCAUAGAAAAUGAAAAAUAAUGCCACUGCAGUUUUGAUUAAGCCCUUUUGUAUAAAUCUGCUUAUUGAUGUAAUGAACAACAUUGUGUAAACUCUCUCUUUUUUAGUUUUUUCAAAAACUUAUUGAUGUUUCAUGUA